AUGCCAGCCACGAACCUCCUGCAGGGCAAGACAGCCAUCAUCACCGGCGGCACCACAGGCAUCGGCCGCGCCAUCGCGCUCGAGUACGUGCGCCAGGGCGCCAACGUCGUCGUAAACCACCUCGACCUUGAGCGCGACCGCCCACACCUGGACUCGCUCCUCCUCUCGGCCGCGCGCCUCCGGACCACCUCACCCGAUGGCACGGCCGGCAGACUAACACACCUCGCGGGCGACGUGACAGACCCAGCAACCGGCACCGCCCUCGUCGCGCACGCCGUCGCCUUAUCCGGCACCAACCGCCUCGACAUCUGCGUCAGCAACGCCGGCAUCUGCCAGUUCGCCGACUUCCUAACCCUAACCCCAGACCUGCUCAGCCAAACCAUACGCACCAACCUCGACGGGGCCUUCUACAUCGCACAAGCCGCGGCGCGACAAAUGGCCCACGGCCAAUCCCCGCCAGGCGGCUCCAUUAUCGCCGUAAGCUCCAUCUCGGCGCUCGUCGGCGGCGGCGAACAAACCCACUACACGCCCACGAAAGCGGGCGUGCUAUCACUGAUGCAGAGCUGUGCCGUCGCGCUGGGGAAACAUGGGAUUCGCUGCAACGCCCUGCUGCCGGGCACAGUGCGCACGCAGCUCAACGAGGAGGACCUCGCUGACGACGCGAAGAGGCAGUACAUGGAGGGCCGGAUCCCGCUCGGCCGCACGGGCGUGCCGCACGACCUGGCCGGCCCGGCCGUCUUCCUCGCCUGCGAUGAGCUGAGCGGCUAUGUUACGGGCGCGCAGCUGCUGGUCGAUGGCGGCUUGUUCGUCAAUUUGCAGUAG